CUCCCCACCCCCACCCCCCACCCCGCCUUUGCCAUCAGGUAUCAGAAGCAUGUUCACACAUACCGCAUCCUGCCUGAUGGAGAAGACUUCCUGGCUGUGCAGACCUCGCAAGGUGUGCCUGUACGCCGCUUCCAGACCCUGGGGGAGCUCAUCGGCCUCUACGCCCAGCCCAACCAGGGCCUCGUGUGCGCCCUGCUGUUGCCUGUGGAGCGGGAGCGAGAGCCGGACCCGCCCGAUGACCGUGAUGCCUCAGAUGGGGAGGAUGAGAAGCCCCCACUGCCCCCACGCUCUGGCUCCACCAGCAUUUCUGCCCCCAUCGGGCCCUGCAGCCCCCCACCAGCCCCUGAGACCCCCACAACUCUGGCUGCUGAGAGUACCCCCAAUGGGCUGAGCACGGUCUCACAUGAGUACCUGAAGGGUAGCUACGGGCUAGACCUGGAAGCCGUGCGGGGAGGAGCCAGUAAUCUGCCCCACCUCACUCGCACCCUUGCCACCUCUUGCCGCAGGCUGCACAGUGAGGUGGACAAGGUCCUAUCAGGCCUGGAGAUCCUGUCCAAGGUGUUUGACCAGCAGAGCUCGCCCAUGGUGACCCGCCUUUUGCAGCAGCAGAGCCAGCCACAGACUGGGGAGCAGGAGUUGGAAAGCCUGGUGCUAAAGCUGUCGGUGCUCAAGGACUUCCUGUCGGGCAUCCAGAAGAAGGCUCUGAAGGCCCUCCAGGACAUGAGCUCCACAGCGCCCCCAGUGCCCCUGCAGCUGUCCACACGUAAGGCCAAGACCAUCCCUGUGCAGGCCUUUGAGGUGAAGCUAGAUGUGACCCUGGGUGACCUGACUAAGAUCGGGAAGUCGCAGAAGUUCACGCUGAGCGUGGAUGUGGAGGGCGGGCGUCUGGUGCUGCUGCGGAGACAGCGGGACUCACAGGAGGACUGGACAACCUUCACCCAUGACCGCAGUGAGCAGGCCACACCUGGGCAGGGAGCUGGGUGGGGCGGAGCCUGUAGGUCUAGGGGGAUCCCUGACGGGCUGCUGUCCCCCCAGAAGCGAGAGGCCUUCUGCCAGCUGCUGCAGAUCAUGAAGAAUAAGCACUCCAAGCAGGACGAGCCCGACAUGAUCUCCGUCUUCAUAGGCACCUGGAACAUGGGAAGUGUGCCCCCACCAAAACACGUGACAUCUUGGUUCACGUCGAAGGGUCUGGGGAAGACCCUCGACGAGGUCACGGUGACUAUACCCCACGACAUCUACGUGUUUGGGACCCAGGAGAACUCAGUAGGUGACCGAGAGUGGCUGGACCUCCUGCGCGGGGGCCUCAAGGAGCUCACCGAUCUGGAUUACCGCCCGAUUGCCAUGCAGUCCCUGUGGAACAUCAAGGUAGCCGUGCUGGUCAAGCCAGAGCAUGAGAACCGCAUCAGUCACGUCAGCACAUCCAGCGUGAAGACGGGCAUCGCCAACACCCUGGGGAACAAGGGGGCCGUGGGCGUCUCUUUCAUGUUCAAUGGCACCUCCUUUGGCUUUGUGAACUGCCACCUCACCUCAGGGAACGAGAAGACUGCCCGGCGGAACCAGAACUACCUGGACAUCCUGCGGCUGCUCUCGCUGGGCGACCGGCAGCUCAGUGCCUUUGACAUCUCCCUGCGUUUCACUCACCUCUUCUGGUUCGGGGACCUCAACUACCGCCUAGACAUGGACAUCCAGGAGAUCCUGAACUACAUCAGCAGGAAGGAGUUCGAGCCCUUGCUUCGGGUGGACCAGCUCAACUUGGAGCGGGAGAAGCACAAAGUCUUCCUGCGAUUCAGUGAGGAGGAGAUCUCCUUCCCACCCACCUACCGCUACGAGCGGGGUUCCCGAGACACGUAUGCCUGGCACAAGCAGAAGCCAACUGGGAUCCGGACCAACGUGCCUUCAUGGUGUGACCGGAUCCUCUGGAAAUCCUACCCUGAAACCCACAUCAUCUGCAAUUCCUAUGGUUGCACCGAUGACAUUGUCACCAGUGACCACUCCCCUGUGUUUGGGACAUUUGAGGUCGGAGUCACAUCUCAGUUCAUCUCCAAAAAAGGACUCUCGAAGACCUCGGACCAGGCCUACAUCGAGUUUGAGAGUAUCGAGGCCAUUGUGAAGACCGCCAGCCGCACCAAGUUCUUCAUUGAAUUCUACUCCACUUGCCUGGAGGAAUACAAGAAGAGCUUUGAGAAUGAUGCCCAGAGCAGCGACAACAUCAACUUCCUCAAGGUGCAGUGGUCCUCGCGCCAACUGCCCACGCUGAAGCCGAUCCUGGCUGAUAUUGAGUACCUGCAAGACCAGCACCUGCUGCUUACCGUCAAGUCCAUGGAUGGCUAUGAGUCCUAUGGAGAGUGUGUGGUCGCGCUUAAAUCCAUGAUCGGCAGCACAGCCCAGCAGUUCCUGACCUUCCUGUCCCACCGCGGCGAGGAGACAGGCAACAUCCGGGGCUCCAUGCAGGUCCGGGUGCCCACGGAGCGCAUGGGCACCCGUGAGCGGCUCUACGAGUGGAUCAGCAUUGACAAAGACGAGGCUGGGGCUAAGGGCAAAGCACCCUCGGGGUCCCGGGGCGGCCAGGAGCCCAGGCCAGGGAGCCGCAAGCCAGCCCCCACAGAGGCCUCCUGUCCCCUGUCCAGGUUAUUUGAAGAACCUGAGAAACCACCACCAGCUGGGAGGCCCCCAGCCCCACCUCGAGCAGCUCUCCGGGAGGAGCCCUUGAGCUCCAGGUUGAAGCCAGAGGGGACUCCAGACCUGGAAGGGGUGGCAGCGCCCCCACCCAAGAACAGCUUCAAUAACCCUGCCUACUACGUCCUGGAGGGGGUCCCCCACCAGCUGCUGCCCCAGGAGCCACCUUCAGCUGCCAGGGCUCCGGUCCCACCUGCCACCAAGAACAAAGUGGCCAUCACAGUGCCUGCUCCGCAGCUGGGACGCCAUAGGCCCCUCCGUGUCGGGGAGGGGAGCUCGUCAGAUGAAGAGUCUGGGGGCACACUGCCCCCUCCAGACUUCCCACCCCCACCACUACCAGACUCGGCUAUCUUCUUGCCCCCCAGCCUGGAUCCUCUACCAGGGCCAGUGGUUCGGGGUCGGGGUGUGGGUGAGGCCCGGGGCCCACCACCUCCCAAGGCCCAUCCAAGGCCCCCCCUGCCCCCAGGACCCUCUUCCGCCAGCACUUUCUUGGGGGAGGUAGCCAGUGGGGAUGACCGCUCCUGCUCUGUGCUGCAAAUGGCCAAGACACUGAGCGAGGUAGACUAUGCCCCCGCUGGGCCUGGCCGCUCAGCGCUCCUCCCAAGCCCCCUGGAGCUGCAGCCACCAAGAGGGCUGCCCUCGGACUACGGCCGGCCCCUCAGCUUCCCUCCACCCCGCAUUCGAGAGAGCAUCCAGGAGGACCUGGCAGAGGAGGCUUCUUGCCCGCAGGGCGGGCGGGCCGGCGGGCUGGGCGAGGCGGGCAUGGGCGCCUGGCUGCGGGCCAUCGGCUUGGAACGCUAUGAGGAGGGCCUGGUGCACAAUGGCUGGGACGACUUGGAGUUUCUCAGCGAUAUCACGGAGGAAGACCUGGAGGAAGCCGGCGUGCAGGACCCUGCUCACAAGCGCCUCCUCCUGGACACGCUGCAGCUCAGCAAGUGACAGCGGUGGCUCGGGAAGGCUGCGGACUGCGCUAGCUUCUGCCCCGGCUCACCAAGGCCCAGCCAUAGUCGGGUUGAAAAGUCAUGAGGGCGGGGCAAUGCUUCUUUCUGCCUAUUUAUUGGGGAGCCGUGUUCCCCACUACCCAAAAUACCCAAUCAGUUGUAAUUGGGACAUCCUGCCCGGCCCUCUUUCCCCACCCCCCACUUCCAUAGACCUAGGGCUCUGGGGUCAGUUGCCACGGUUACCACGAGCCUUGAUUACUUUGGUGCUGCCCUCCCUCCCUAGACCCCUAUGUACUGUCCUGGGGAUGCCCACGGGGAGCAGUGGAGUUUGGGCUCCGUUUCCACCGUUCUGUCUGCUGCUCCCAACGGGCCUGAACCAUAGGGGGCGGGGACUCAGCUCUGACCUCCCCCCACCCACUCACCCACCUCGUGGGUAUAUGUCCGGAAAUGAAGGAAAAGCCCGAAGACCGGGCUGAGGUUUAUUUAAGGGUUUCUGCGUGGGGGCGGGGAGGGAGGGCACCUUAAUAUCAGGGUGGUCUGGGAGGGCAGGGUCGUCACCAUGAUGUGGCAGUCUGCUUCGUCGGAGCUGCUGCCUCUGCCUGGUAUAGCGCCCAGCGCUGGUGGGACGCUGCUGGCCAAGCCCAAGGGUUCCUCGCAGGUUGCGACUGAGUUUCACAGCUACCCGGUUCCCAUCCCGCACGCUCAGAAGGGCUGCCGACGCGAUGUCUUCUUCAAUAAAUUAAGUUUUAUUUGGA